CACAAAGAUAAUGUAAUCACGUCAUUGUUUACCCGAUUUAAAUCACUUGAGGGCAAUUAAUCUCGCGUCAGUCUGGGUUAAGUUUCGGCUGUGUUAGUAAAAUGGACGAAUUAUUAAGUGCCAACGAUUGCGAGCUCGUCGUUAAAAACACCCUGAACGUCGAACAAGUGGAAAACGUAGAAUUCUCACUCAAACCUCUGCUUGGUCACAAUUUCCACCUGAAAAUCGAUUUCUCGCACGACGACGAGCCGCAAAGUUUGGCUUUUUUUGCCAAGUUGAUGCCCGAGGUGCCAAAAAUUCACACCAUCGUCGACAAUUUUGCUCAAGUGUUGUCGAAUUACGAUUGGGUCACCCCUAGAGUGUACCACGUGAAGUCCAAUUUCGUUGUUUUUGAAAGUUUGCGCAGCCAAGGUUUCCGAGUUUGCGAUUUAUUUGCUUUUGACCAGUUUUUGGCCGCUUUGACAACUUUGGCACGCUUCCACGCCGCUAGUUUGGCGUUUGAAGAAACUAAGUCUCGGGGUUGCAAAUUCCGGCUGGAUAAAGAGUACGCGUUGCUUCAUUUGAACUUCAAUUUGAGGAAGCCCGAAGUUGUGGAUUUGGUUUCGGCUGCGUUGAGUGAAAAUCGGGUGGCUGAAGCAAUUGAAGAUCUAGAAAAGCGACAAUUUCGGACGAAGUUCAGGAAAACGUUGUGUCAUGGAAGCUUGAUUUAUAAAAACUUGAUGUUCAAGGAGAAGGAGUGUAAAUUGAUUAAUAUCAAGUCGAAUUUUUAUGCGCCACCCGUUUACGACGUUCUUCAAUUGAUUUUCUUCAAUGCGAAUCGAGAGGUGCGGCAGAAAUACUGGGACACUUUUUUACAAUAUUACUAUAAUAGUUUGAAAGAAGAAACACGACGAUAUGGUGUCGACAUUGCUAAAAUUUUGACUGAAGACGAUUUUUACUUGAGUGUUCACUACGUUUUACCUUUGAUCAAACUAGAAGCUACAAUUCUUGACCAAAAUGAUACAACGACACAAGAAUUGGAAGAAAUUCUCAACUGCCAGUUGUUAUCGCGUGAAAACUGUUACGUCAUUGUCAAAAAUAAACUGGGUACUACGAACUACGACUUCUUGCGUUAUCAAGUGACGCCCCUGAGUGACGUCAGUGGUUUUUUGGGUGAAUAUCAUAAAGCAGAAAUUAAAAUCUUACACCUGUCGCAAGAAAACACGAUUGACACUUUCAUCAAGUCGUCACCCAAAAGUGGUAUUCCUAUGGAAAUCGCCCGUGAUACUGACAGCUUCCGGAGGGAAGUCUUCCUGUAUGAAACUCUCGUCCGACAGAUGCAAAAAUAUGGAAUUAACACCAUCAAUGAGUGUCUACCAGCUUGUUAUUUUCACAGACCCAAAGAAUUCAUGGUCUUUGAAGAUAUGUCCCUAAUUAACUACCACAAUGUAGACGCUCUAAAACCUCUAGAAUUUCCACUUCUGGUUCUCCUUACCCAAACUUUAGCCAAAUUCCACGCUUGUUCCUUAAUUUUGGAAGAAAAAAUGUCUAUGGAGGUGGGUAAACCGUACCGAUUGAUGGACGUUUAUGGUUCAUACUUCACCGAACCCCUUUUUUUCGAAAAUGAAGAACACAAAGGAUCGAGAGCGUUUAUGGUUGGAAUUAAAUCAGUCCUUACAGCUGUAGAAUUAUUUACAGAAAUCCAAACCGACGAAAAUCAACGCAACUUUCGCAACUUCUGGCCAAAACUGAAGGAGUUGUUCUACACCGUUAUCAGACCGUCUGACCGUUUUCGCAACGUCUUGUGUCAAUGUGAUCUACGGACUAGUAACAUUAUGGUACGAUUUCAAGACCAUAAACCCGAAAAUUGUGUCUUGGUUGAUUUUCAAAUCGUUAGAUACAGUCCACCUGCGUAUGAUCUUCUUUCAGUGCUUCAUUUAAUGACGGAUCGUAGUACUAGAUUGAAACAUGAAGACGAUUUGAUUCAAAUUUACUACGAGGAAUUGGGGAAGGUUUUGGGGUCGUAUGGGUACUCCGUUGAUGAGGUAUAUCCAUACGAGGACUACAUAGAAGGUAUUAAAUACAUGAAACCCCAAAUGGUACUACAAGCAGCUAUAGAUUGCGUUCUUACCAUGUGCACACCUGAAGAAAUUUCUGAAUUUUUGAGUGAUGAAGAGAAAUGUCGGUACGUCUAUUUUGAGGAUCGUACCGAGUUUAUGACCGCGAUGUGCCAAAAAUCUGGUUUGUAUAGAAAUAGAUUGAAGGAGUGUAUUUUGGAUAUUUAUGAUUACUGUAAUUCUAUGUACACUGAUUCCUAAUAAAACCAAGCGUGAAGUAAAUGAGUGAAAGUAAACCUCAUUUUUAUCAGUGAAAUCGUAAA